GUCAUUGGUCAGAAGAGCUGAGAGUCCUAGAGUAGACGGGGUUUCUGGUGUUCCUAGUUUUAUAAGGCAGGAGUAGAAAUUGUAAUUUAUUUUUUAACUGCUGGAAAAAUCGAUUUCGAGUGCUCCAGUCUUUCUUUGAUAGUUGUUUCAGAGGCAGCCAAGCUACCAGAAAUUCGCCAUGGCUUCAAAGAAAAAUGCUAAAGUGCACGCAAAACCCAAAGAAGGUACGAAAACCCAGUCAGCCAAUAGAAACGGAAAGAAAGCCGGCGCUGGGUCCAGCGGCUUCUUCACCUGGUUCUUCAUCCUGGCCCUCCUGGGGGUCUGGACAUCUGUAGCUGUGGUCUACUUUGACCUGUUUGACUAUCAGGGAGUCCUUGACAAGGCUAAGGACUUACAAAUUAACCUGUCUGAGACCUUGCAAGGUAAACUGGUGGCGUACGACACAGAUGGCGAUGGUGAUUUUGAUGUCGAAGAUGCAAAAGUUCUGCUAGGGUUGAAAGAGAAAGCUGUUGUCGUCACUUCCCGUAGCGAAGAAGCCACUGGAGAGUCUCCUGAACCUGAACGUGCACCAGAAGCUGCUGUUGAGCCUGACCCUGUACCUGUGGAAGAUGUGAUUGAGGCUGCUGUAGCAAAGGACACUAGUGCACCACCACCAGAGCCUGAACCUGAGAUAGCAGCUGAGGAUGAACCAGAGCCAGAGCCUGAACCUGAGGAGACUCUUGAGGUGAUUGAGAGCGAUCCAGUGGUGCUGGAGGAGGAGCCUCCUGUUGUGGAAGAGGACGCCCCAGUGGAGGAGGCUGCUCCAAUUGAGGAGGAGGAGGUGUCAGAUGAUCCCGCAGAAGAGGCAGCAGCUGAAGAGGUGGAGGAAACCCAGGAAGAGGCUGCUGAGGGGCUGGCUGACACUGAAGAGGAGGAGAGUGCACCUACAGAAGAAGAUGUAGAAGAAGAGGAGGCAGCUUAUUCAGAGGAACCUGAUGAGGCACCCAUUGGAGAGGGGGAAUCAACCAUUGAAGACGAGGAGGCAGAGGAGCCCUCCGAUGAGAUCGAGGUGACAGAAGAAGAAGAUGCAGCUCUUUUAGAAGAAGAUGUUGAGGAAACUGCUGAAGAGGACUUAGCUUCCACAGAAGAAGUAGUGGAGGAGGCUGCGGACGCAGAAGAAGAGGAGCAAUCAGUUCCAGAGACAGAAGAAGUAGCAGAAGAGGAAGAGGAGAUGCCAGAAGAUGUAUCUCUUAUGUUUGGCAUAUUUCCAGAUGUGAUCACCACGACCAUCUAA